UUAUUUUUGUUCUAUUGUUUUCUGGUAGUUUGGUCGCAGUGACAACAACCAAAUGCCCUGAGAACACCGACACCAUUGUGGAAACGCCACCGGAAGAGGGAAUUCUGGCAAUCAUGCUGGAGUUGCUGCUGGGCAGGUUUGAUGAUAUGGAUCGUAAGUUGAUCGAACUUCAAGUCGAGCUGUCCGAACAUCGCGAGGAGGUGAAACGAAAUCGUGAUUCCUGUGAAAACGCCAUACAACGCUUGGAGCAAGACGUCAGCAGAAACUUGAGUGCCAUCCUUGCCCAACAAACGUCUUGUGCGACCCGCGACGGGCUGCGCGAGAGACUUUUCAACCAGAUCCCCAGGCAGAACCAUUCGUCAUACAAAUCCUUGGGACAGUCGUUGCUUUCCUUUAAAUCGCGGCUUCCAGAUUGCGUCACGCCAACAUCAUCACAAUUACAGCAAAAUAGUUCCACACCAACAACGCCAAUUACUGCUGAAACCGUUAAAUCAACUACAACAACACCGAGAACAAUAACAAUUAUUAAAUCAACACCUCAGAAAACAACAACAACUAGUACUACUCAGAAGCCAAAGUUACCUCCUUUUAUUUCGUGCAAAGAUGUACCGUACAAUGUAUCGGGAGUGUACCUUAUCCGCGUAAGCAACGAUAGUGCACCGUUUAAAGUGUUUUGUGAGAUGGAAUCGUAUGAAGGCGGUUGGAUUGUAGUGCAACAUCGGUUUAACGGCUCGGUUGAUUUUUACCGGGAGUGGAACCAAUUCCGUGACGGCUUUGGUGAGGUGGACAGUGAAUUUUGGCUCGGACUGGAGCGAAUUCACCAACUCACGGUCGCUCGUGCACAUGAAAUCAUGUUUGAGAUGAAGGACUUUGAGGGAAACUACGGGUACGCUCGUUAUGAUGCGUUUCAAAUAGGAAGCGAAAGUGAGCAAUACAAGCUGAAAGCCCUUGGGUCAUAUAGUGGCACUGCUGGUGACUCAAUGACUGCGUACAAUAAAGGGGCAAUGUUCUCAACAAAGGAUCGGGAUAAUGAUGCGAACGAAAAACAUCAUUUGGCUCAUUUUUGUGAAAGUGCCUGGUGGCACGGUGAAGAUAACAAAGCCAAUUUGAACGGACCAUAUAAGUAUGGUAGCAAAAACAGAUCAAUUUGGUGGUAUAAUUUCAAAUACGGAAUACAACUGCGUUUCACCAGGAUAAUGAUCCGGGAAUUGCGACAUUGACUCUAUUCACACUCUCCAAAGUGCAUUGUA